AUGGAGGAUUCAGGUCUAAUUGAAGUCUGUUCAGAGCGUGGAAGUUCCCCGGAGGUGACAAUAGCCGAGGCGGAUAUGCAAGCGAAAGUCUCUGAAGCACCAACUUAUUGGUCAGACGAGGAACGGGACGCAAUUCAGACGGCGAUUCAUGUGGAAACCGGUACCCUUGGAAAAGAAAUAUCUGAUAGCGAAAACGCUAUUCAGGAAAAUCAAACUUCCACAUCCGUGGAGUCUCUGACAAAUUACGACCUUACAACGACUUCAGUAAUCAAAUCGUUCAAUCCACCGAAUGAUGCAACGACGACAUGUUUCUCAGUACCAGCGAAUCACCGCACACCGCAGCGAAUUUCGCCCAGCAGUCCGGUAACAAAGAACAAAUCCGCGCCAUCUGAAACGAUGAAAGGAUCAACCGAAUCGUCACAUGCGAAAAAAGUGUCCACUAUUGUCACGAAGACUAUACGGACAAGGAGUAGCAAGUCACUCACGAAUGGGGAACGGGGUCGAUCAAAUCUGGAUAACGAACCUGUCCGAAUAGAUGUGGAUGAAAGUGGGACGUUGAUGAAAGCAAUACAAUUGAAGUCCCAACAAUUCCUGUAUGACAUUGUGCCAAGACCACGUGGGGGUUCAUUGGAUCGUAUCAAAGCUUUCCGAUCCAAGGAAUCGAUCAAUUCGGAUGAAGACGAAACGCAACUUAUUGGACUUCCUCCAGCUCGUGAACAAAUCACUCCUCGUGCCGCGUCUUCAUGCGGAACGGAAGCCAGGCUGGGAACACCGCGCCAAGAUGGAAGUCAAACAUGUCCAGAUGUGCUAAAGAUGCGCUGUGAUCUGUUGCAAACACAUUUGGCUUUGUUGGAAGCGCGUAAGCAAUCUAUGGAAAGUUCCAUUUGCCGCUUAGAUGAUGAGCUUAAGCAAAAACAACAAACACUGUUCGUCGAACCCUCGCCCAGGUUGCCUGUCAUCAUGGAAGAUUCAGAUGACACUAAAGAGGCUGUUCUGAAGCGCCAAAAUGACGAGUUGCGAAUGCUUCGCGAAGCCGCAUUCCAGUACAAAUUGAAUCUGGAGAGCUCCGAAGCUGCACGAUAUAUGUUGGAAGAGAAACUGGCGUUAGCUUGUUCAGAAAUGGAUGCAGACAAAGAUUUCUAUCACAAACAAGUGGAACAGUUGGAACGUGUGAGAAUAGUUGAACUGGAACAAGACAAACAGCAGCUCAAAGAUCAAUUAACGAUGUCCGAAAAGCAUACCACGGAGGCAGCAGAAGAACAGAAAAAGAAACUGGAUGACUUGGAACACCAGCUGACACAGCAACAGACACGAGUUGAACAGCUGUUGGCCACGAACGACCAGCUCACGAAACAACUUCACCAGGCACAGACAUCACUAACAGUCAAGCAACAAGAGGAUGAAGAUCAUCGGCUGGCGUUGGAAGCCAAACUGAGAAAUACGCACCUGGAAAAGGAAAUCAGUCUCCUACAGUUGAAAACCGAGCACCUGAGCAAUCAACAGGCAAUGAUUGGAAUGAUUCGCGGUGAGUACGAACGUGAGAUAGAACAGAUCAAGGCAAAACACUCUGAGGAAGUGCAAAGACAAUGUCAACAGCUUCAGGAAACCCAACGGAUUGUGGAACAGCUGAGCACGCAAUUAGAACAGAGAAAUCAACUCGAAACCAGCCAGUCGGAUCAUGCUACCCAAACAGAUGCGCUCACUUUGAUGCGUAACGCCCGUUCCUCGGAAGUGGACCAACUGUUGGAACAGAUAUGCCAAUUGCGUAUGGAACGUGAUGCUGCACUGAAGCGUGCGCAUGACGAACGUGCCAAAGUUCGCCAGCUGCAAGAUGAACAAGAUGACGCCGCUCGCCGCGAACAGAGAGGUUCCAUAUCGUCCGAACAACGACCAACUAAUCGGGCUGUAAAAUGCGCAAACAGUAAACAAUUACGUGAUAUUCGCGGACAGGCACCGGAUCGAAAAAAUGAAACUCGGAAAUCCGGUCCGAAUCACUUGUCUAAUUUGUCUUCAGUCGAACGAGAACGAAACAUGCUGCUCCGAUUCCUCACUGAGGUUCUCAUGGCCGUGCUACAGACAAAUAACACUGAGAGUCGCAAACUAACCGAACUGCUACAGAUCCCCCCUAUCCGAGUCACCAUUCCAGCCUCGUUGAUUUUAGCUGACAAUUUGGACACGUCAAAAAUUCCACCCAGAACCACAUUGGUCAGUUUACUUCCCACACUAAAAGAGGACAUUCCUCGCUACUGGAUGACAGUUUUGGCCGAAUCUAUGGGAGGCUUGAACGCCUGUUGCUCCAAAGUGGUCGACCUGGUCUAUCGGCAACAGCAACUACUUGACAGCCAAGCACACAGCUUGCGCGAACUAAAAGCUGUCGCUGCCAGGCAAGUCGAUGUUCUGUACGAGCAACUCGAACGGACCAGAAAGAUGCAACUGAACAAAACGAAACAAAAGCUGCUUCAAGAUACCAUUCUGCCCAAAGGAGAAUAUCAGACCGAGUCCCGAUGCAGUGAGUCGCAUCCCACUUCUAAUAUGGACAAGUCAAGAUCACGUUUAUCGGAAGAAACACCGAUUAGCACACCGAUGAUUUUCUCAUCACCAAAUCCUCAGUCCGCUUUGAGUCCCAGCUUUGAGGCCAGGGCUCUAGCUUGCCCGUUGAUUGACUAUCCGGUAUCUCAGGUAUCAACACCUCGUCGAUCGGGAAGUGUGACGCAAUCCAAAGUGACAGAAUGGUCCACUCAGAUAUCACAAUCCCGGAGUUCCAACCAACGACCACCAACAGUCACUUGGAGGGAUGUGAUACCUAUAUCAGCCAGUGCCAAUCUUUUACGGAAUCGACCAUUUCAAUACGUGGGAACGGCAUUGCGCGAAACAAUACCAAAUGUAAAUUUUGAUUACAUUUCCUUCGAACUGGUCUCUGUGGCCAGUAUCUUCCGAGUCAUGGCAAAGAAUAUAUGUGGAUUACCGUGGUCCAUUCUUCAACAAGUAUUACGCAUUGGUGAUCGUCGAUUCCUAUUCCCGUUGGCCAGAAGUGUACCACAACUCCCAGUUCAGAAUUUACUAUUCGAGCACUCAGGAAAACGUUCNGAGUUGUCGGCAUGUUCUCACUCCACCCCGACAUUCGCAAUCCAAUGGCGCANGUGGUCCAUUCUUCAACAAGUAUUACGCAUUGGUGAUCGUCGAUUCCUAUUCCCGUUGGCCAGAACACUCAGGAAAACGUUCAGUAGAGAAGGUGUCCCGCAUGCUAUCGUGACUGACAAUGGAAGUCAUUUCACUGCCAAGAAAGUUACCGAUUGGUUGAACUCCGAGAGUUGUCGGCAUGUUCUCACUCCACCCCGACAUUCGCAAUCCAAUGGCGCAGCCGAAAACUUUGUGCGCACGCUGAAGAGUGCCAUUGCUUCUUUGAAUCCGAGUACAUUCGAUGCACUGGACACAGGCGUUGAUAACUUUCUGAUGCAAUACCGUAACGCAGUACAUUCAACUACGAGGCACAGUCCAGCAAAGCUGUUUAAGAGUCGAGUACUUCGAACAAAUCCUCUAUACUUGGAGUCUGCGGAAGUCGACCCUCCAGGGGCAUUGCACUAG